AGAGUGUCUGAGCGGCUGUGUCUUCCUCUGUGCAGAGCAUGCAUGCCUUCGAGGAAGGCCUGGAGUUCCUGCCGGUCAACAACACCAAGAAGGUGGAGAAAGGAGGCCUCAGGCCCUGGGUGGUGCCCGUGGCUGUCGUGCUUGUGAUCCUCCUGGUCUCUCUCCUGGUUGGUUUCCUGGUGUGGCCUUGCAUAGACCGGGACGUGCGGAUCCAGAAGGUCUUCAAUGGCUACCUGCGGGUCACAAACGAGAACUUUCUGGACGCCUAUGAGAACCCGAACUCCACUGAAUUUGUAGAGCUGGCCAGCAAAGUGAAGGAGGCGCUGAAGCAACUGUACAGUGAGAUCCCCAUCCUGCGGCCCUACUACAAGGAGUCGACAGUGACUGCCUUCAGGUGGGUGCUGCGGAGAAGGCGGGGGCCGGGGAGGUGCUGGGAAUGGGAUCCGUGCGCUGUUGUAGGGGGACGUGUGCCUGGUGGCCAGCAGGGUGAUGCAGCCAUGAGGCCCUGGCUUGGGGAACCAAGUCCUGUUCUCUCCACGAUUGCGGCAGCUCCUGAAGAUAAGAUAGUGAGCCCCACUGACCCCAGAACAGUGCAGACCGCCCAGGACAACAGAUGCAAAUUCGCCCUGCACGCCCGAUGGGGAGAACAGACUCGCUUCACCACGCCCGGCUUUCCCGACAGCCCCUACCCAGCCUUCGCCCGCUGCCAGUGGACCCUGCGGGGUGAUGCCCACUCCGUGCUGAGCCUCACCUUCCGAAGCUUUGAUGUCACGCCCUGUGACCCCAAUAGCAAUGACCUGGUCGUGGUGUAUGACACCCUGAGCCCCGUGGAACCCCGCACGGUGGCGCAGCUGUGUGGCACCUACCCCCCCUCCUACAACUUGACCUUCAUCUCCUCCCAGAAUGUCCUGCUCGUCACGCUGAUAACCAACACGGAGCGGCGACACCCUGGCUUUGAAGCCGUGUUCUUCCAGCUGCCCAAGAUGAGCGGCUGUGGUGGUUACUUACAUGACACCCACGGGACAUUUAGCACCCCCUACUACCCGGGCCACUACCCUCCCAACAUCAACUGCACGUGGCAGAUUGAGGUGCCCCACAACCGAAACGUGAAGGUGUCCUUCAAAGUCUUCUACCUGUGGGAGCCCAGUGUGCCCGCGGGCACGUGCCCCAAGGACUAUGUGGAGGUCAACGGGGAGAAGUUCUGUGGAGAGAAGUCCCAGUUUGUGGUCGCCAGCAAGAGCAGCAGGAUCACGGUGCGCUUCCAUUCGGACCAGUCCUACACCGACACGGGCUUCUUGGCCGAGUACCUGUCCUAUGACUCCAGUGACCCGUGCCCGGGGAAGUUCAUGUGCAACACGGGGCGCUGCAUUGGAAACGAGCUGCGCUGCGAUGGCUGGGCGGACUGUGCCGACCACAGCGACGAGCUUGACUGCAAAUGCAACGCCACCUACCAGUUCACCUGCAAGAACAAGUUCUGCAAGCCCCUCUUCUGGGUGUGCGACACCGUGAACGACUGCGGGGACAACAGCGACGAGCUGGAGUGCAGUUGUCCAGAUAAGAGCUUCAAGUGUGGCAACGGGAAGUGCAUCCCCGAGAGCCAGCGAUGUGAUGGGAAGGACAACUGUGGGGACGGGUCCGAUGAGGCCAAGUGCAGCGGCGGGACUGUCGUCGCCUGCACCAAACACACCUACCGCUGCCACAACGGGCUCUGCUUGAGCAAGACCAACCCCGAGUGUGACGGGAAGAAGGACUGUAGCGACGGCUCGGAUGAGAAGAACUGCGACUGCGGGCUGCGGGCCUUCAGCAGGCAGUCCCGGGUGGUCGGAGGCAAGGAUGCGGAAGAAGGCGAGUGGCCCUGGCAGGUGAGCCUGCACGGGCUGGGCCAGGGCCACCUGUGCGGGGCCUCGCUCAUCUCCCCCAGCUGGAUGGUGUCCGCCGCGCACUGCUUCGCCGACGACCGAGGAUUCAAGUGCCCGGGGGUGCAGGAGCGCGGCCUGAAGCGCAUCAUCAGCCACCCCUCCUUCAACGACUUCACCUUUGACUACGACAUUGCGCUGCUGGAGCUGGAGCGGCCGGUCGAGUACAGCAACACCGUGCGGCCCAUCUGCCUGCCCGACACCUCGCACGACUUCCCCACGGGCAAGGCCAUCUGGGUCACCGGCUGGGGCCACACCUACGAGGGAGGCACCGUGGUGCUGAUCCUGCAGAAGGGCGAGAUCCGCGUCAUCAACCAGACAACCUGCGAGAAGCUGCUGCCGCAGCAGAUCACCCCCCGCAUGAUGUGCGUGGGCUACCUGAGCGGGGGCGUGGAUGCCUGCCAGGGCGAUUCCGGGGGCCCCCUGUCCAGCGUGGAGGCAGAUGGGCGGAUCUUCCAGGCCGGCGUGGUGAGCUGGGGCGAAGGCUGCGCUCAGAGGGACAAGCCAGGCGUGUACACGAGGCUCCCGAUUUUUCGGGACUGGAUUAAAGAGCAGACUGGGGUGUAGAGGCAGGGGCCGUCCACUGGUCACCCCAACGUGCACCCCUGCGGGCUGAGCACCGGUCGCUACCUGCACCCCUGCCUCAGGCCCCCCACAGACUGAGCUGAAUCCCCAGGACUCUGGAGAUGGAGGACCAGCCAGCAGAGCCCCUCCCCUCCUUCAGUCUCCGAAGUGGGGCUGGGAGGUGGGGAGAGGAGGAUGCCGGCGCGGACCUGGAGCGGAGGCCUGAGUCCGCAGCCAGUCCCUCCAGCCCCAGGCAGCCGGGCCCGUCCCUGGUCAUCGGCUCCUCC